AUGGAGACCAUCGUCGCCGUCCGUCGUGCUGCCGGGAGUGCCGGCAAGCUCAACAUUCUCGCGGGCCGGGUUCUUGGCUGUGCCAGGGUUGGGGGCCCCCUCAAGCCCUUCCACGAAGAGUUCCCGCUCUUCGUCAAGGCCCUCGUCUUCCUUUCGGUUGCCGGGACCGACACCAACCGGGCGGACGAGACCAAGUCUGUCCUAGCCGCCGGUCACGCUAUCGACCCUUCGGCAUCCGACGAUGGUGCUCCGCUGCCACCAACGGUUGCCGUGGCUGCUACUGGCCCCGCCGACGUUGCGUGUGGACCCGCGGAUUUGGUCCUGCCGACUGAGCCCGCUGCCGCCGACGAUGGCUUUUCCUCCUCCGCCAACAAGCCCCCCAACAACAUUCCGGUCGAUGGGUCCCCAAUCGAAGUUGAUGCCAAAGAAGCCCAAAUCGCGGAUGGCUUGCCUUCCGGUGACCGCGUCGUCGACGAUGGCGGCGCUCCUACCAUCAACGGAGAAGCCGUUGCGGGUGCGGCCAGCAGUCCGGUCCCCGUUUACCCCUUGUCAUUCGAAGACGACUUCGACGCCCCCGUCACUUCGGUCUUCGAUGCCGAAUUUGAGCGUUUUCUGGGAGUGGACGAGGAUUGGUCCAUCCCCAGGCUGCUCGAUAGCGAGGUGAAAAUGGAGAUUGCGCGCAGCAUUGCCCUGGAGAGACAGAAGUUGUGGCAGUCUAGGUCCCCGGCCCUCAUGCAGACGAUCUUCCUAGAACACGCCAUCGGACAGCUCCCAUUGUACGCUUCGUCUGUCUCUGCUCCAGGCCAGGCUAGCCGCACUUCAACGACGCCCGUUGAGAUUGCAAGCCCAACCAACAACGGCGUAUAUCUACGCAGCGUUUCGUCAAGUAGCUCAAGCUCCAAAAGCUCUGCAGAGAGCCAACUUCCAGACGCCGGCAUGGAGACUCCCUUGACGGGGUGCUCUUCUCCCGUGACGUCCCCCGCGGUUUCGGACGACGGGCUGGUGCCCGAGGCGGAACACAAAUCAGAAGCGGGAAGGGUCACGCAUACGGCCGCGAACAACAAUUGCCCUCCCGACGUCGAAGAAGUCGAGAAGAUCACCGAUCUCGCAAAGCUCGACGUCACCGAGCCUGACGACAAGCAAACAGCUGAAAUCUUGGCCACGUAUCCUGUCCCAAUGUACGACGAGCGCGAGCUCCUGUACGCGGCUCGCUCCGAUGGCAUGGUGUGUUGGUACUGGCCGGAGACCGGCUACCUUGAGCCCUUAGCCGAAAGUGAUUUUGAGCAAUACUAUGCGCUCAUCACUGAACCCUGCACCGAGUCAACAGUCGCGCAGCAACACGACGACGCCGUCAACGACCUGCAGGAGCCCAACGCCGACCAUGCGCGCCACCUCGAGCAGGCCCAAAUCAACAAUGAUCAGAACCCGGACUACCUCUACGCCGAGUCAGUCCAGUCCCGGGCGAGCAUCGUGGAUUCGGAAUGGGGGUACGAGUCGUGCAUUGACGAAAACGGCCACAUGGCCCUCCGCCGUGAGUUGGAGGUUCGGUCGGGUGUCAAUGAGGGCAGACUGCAGCGUUGCAAGUGGUUUGGCUGGCAGUCGCGCGACAAGGCGGCGGUCCGAGCCCCGGGCGUUCCGGAGCUGAUGCUCACACUGCCGAGCGGUCACGAGUUUUGGCUGGACGACGACCAGGAGUACCCAUACGAGUACAAACCCGAGGGAGAUGAGAAGUACUGCGCCCCGCCUCCUGUCGAGUACCCCGAUUACGAGUACGACUACCAGUACGACCAGGAGGAAGCAGAGUCCAACGGUGAAGAAGAAUACUCCGCCCCUCCCCCGGACGUCGCGGCCGCCGUUAUGGAUCAAUGCGAGAACAUUGAGCGCAUGAUGGCCGAGGAGCAGCCUGCAGCUGCGGACGAGGAACCGGCGCCAAGUGUCGAUGCGACGACCAUCUGGCUGGAAGAUCCGACCUUUGUCUCUGGCAAGAGCUGGGAGGACCUGGAUGAGGAGUACGAGGAGUACUUGGCCUCCAAGAAGAAAGUUGAAAGCCCCACCAACUGGCUGGCUGGAUGAUCAUACCUUUGUCUCAGGCCGCAGCUGGGAAGAUUUGGAGGACGAGU